GGCAGAGAACAGCUGACUCCAGCCGCUGCUCAUGUGACCAUCGCAGCUCCCAGUCCCAGGCCAGGGUGGACACUUUCAGGGGCUCCUUCUGGGAGGGGUACCAGCAGCGUGCUGCCGGGCGUGGAAGGAUUAAUCAGUGACAGGAAGCUGCCUCUUUCGGAGCAGUGACUGCUGUGGUCAGGAGAGCCUCCGCCAGGCCAGCCCUAGGAAUCUGUCCUGCUCCCUGCCUGCUGCUUACCCCUGCUCCUGCCAUGGGGUGCCUUGGGGCCCUCCUCUUCCUGCUUGGGGGCCUGGGAGCUCUUGCCCAGAUCUGCGAAAUAACAGAGGUGGACAGCACGCUGGUGGAGAGGCUGGGCCAGCGCCUCUUGCCCUGGAUGGACCGGCUCUCCCCGGAGCAGCUGAACCCCAGUAUCUACGUGGGCCUGCGCCUCUCCAGCCUGCAGGCUGGGGCCAAGGAGGCCCACUACCUGCACAGCCUCAAGCUCAGCUACCAGCAGAGCCUCCUGAGCAAUGACAACAGUGACUCCGAGGCCAAGCCCUCCAUGGGCCAGCUGGCCCUCUACCUGCUUGCUCUCCGGGCCAACUGCGAGUUUGUCGGAGGCCGCAAGGGGGGCAGGCUGGUCUCACAGCUGAAGCGGUUCCUGGAGGACGAGAAGGGGGCCAUUGGGCAUAAUCACCAGGGCCACCCUCACACCAGCUACUACCAGUACGGCCUGGGCAUCCUGGCCCUGUGUGUCCACCAGAAGCGGGUCCACGACAGCGUGGUGGGCAAGCUCCUGUAUGCUGUGGAAUACGAACAGCAUCUCCAGCAGGACCACUUCCCUGUGGACACACUGGCCAUGGCGGGCUUGGCCUUCUCCUGUCUGGAGCUAUCCAACCUCAACCCCAAUCAGAGAAACCGGAUCACUGUGGCUCUCGGGAGAGUGCAAGAGAAGAUCCUGAAGGCCCAGACCCCAGAGGGCCACUUUGGGAAUGUCUACAGCACCCCUCUGGCACUGCAGUUGCUGAUGGCCUCCCUUAGACCCACGGUGGAGCUGGGCACAGCAUGCCUCAAGGCCAAGGCUGCUCUGUUGGCCAGCCUACAGCACAAGGCCUUCCAGAACCCUCUCAUGAUUUCUCAGCUGCUGCCCAUCCUGAACCAGAAGAGCUAUGUGGACCUCAUCUCCCCAGACUGUCAGGCACCAAGAGUCCUGUUGGAACCAGCUACGGAGACCCCUUCACAGACCCAAGUCCCAGAGCUCAUCCACGUCACGCUGAAGGUCUCCAGCAUCUUUCCUUCGUACAGACACUCCGUCUCUGUCCCUGUCGGCUCCUCUUUGGAAGAUGUCCUGAAGAAGGCCCAGGAGCACAGCAGGUUCAGGUAUGGAACACAGGCCUCCUUGUCAGGCCCCUACCUGACCUCCGUGAUGGGGAAGAAAGCUGGGGAACGUGAGUUCUGGCAACUCCUCCGAGCCCCCGACACCCCGCUGCUGCAAGGUAUUGCUGACUACAGACCCAGGGAUGGAGAAGCCAUCGAGCUGAGGCUGGUUGGCUGGUAGACCCCAGGCUCACCACCCCAGCUGCCUCCCACACUUCCUGGGCUUCUGCACUCCCUUCAGACAUCCCUGUAACAGGCACACGCCUGACCCUGCUGCCUCCUCUUGUGCACUUGUCCCCGGAUCGCCACAGCCACCACCCCUGCGGGGGUCCUAAACCACCGCCCACCCUGGAGCAGGGAGCCCAGCACCUUCCCCGGCAGGUCUGUCUGCCCAGGUCUGGCCCCACCUGGCCCCGCAGGUGUCCCGUGAAGGCCACUCAUAGGCUGGAGAGUGUGAGCAUCUCAGACUCCUUGGCACGAGGAGGCCACCGGCCACUGGCGUUGUGAGUACUGCUUGCUCUGGGAUGGGGGUCCCGCAAGGAGAGCUCUGUGGCCCUGGCCCUAGCUUUCCACUCUUCACUCCAUCGGGGCUGCUGCCCCAGAGCCGACUGCAGCAUAGCAGCUGGCGAGGGCUCUGCAGGGCUGCUGUCAGCCCACCUCCAAAAUGAUUAAAGAAUUGACUUGGCACAUG